UGCUAUGACAUAUGGUGGUCAAAAAUUCCAAACACGUCCCCGCUGUUUCGAUACGUACGGAGCUCGGGAAGGGACAUGGGAAAAUCUUUUUUUUCUCGUUCCCACGAGAUAUCAUCUUGUUCCCUCGAGAUACUAUCUCGUUCUCACGAGAUAUUAUAUCGUUCCCUCGAGAUAAUUAUCUCGUUCCCAUGAGAUAUUAUCUCGUUCCCUUGUGAUAAUUAUCUCGUUUCCUAGAGAUGUUAUCUCGUUCCCAUAAGAUAACAACAAUUAAUGCGUCUCAUUGCCACGCGAAAAGGUUAAAAUGGCUUCCGUUAGUGACCGAAAUUUCUUAAUAAAAAUGUAACUUUAAGUUACAACUAUAGUUUAGGUUUACUAUUUGACCAAUUUUCCGGUGACCAAUUUUCCUACACCUAUCGAAUAGCAGGUGUGUUUCUGUUUUGUCCUCAUGGAGGGUACAUUUAAUUUUGAUAGGGAAUAAUAAUGAUUAUAUCAUAUCAACAAAUGCUGUGGAAUGUGGACACUCAAUAAACACUAUAUCUGUUGAGUUUCCUGGAGCAUUUCAGUGUAUACAAAAAACGUUUGAUGAUGUUUACGUGGCAUAUAUUUAGGAUCAACACAAUUGUUAGCUCCAAGAAACGGUCAUACAUCUAAGGACCGUGUGUAUAUUGAGAUUAAUCGCACAGCCUCGUCGGGCUACUUAAUUGUAUGAAUAUGUCAACUUUAUAUGUCAAACUAGAAAAAUAUUGACAUGACAUUUGAUUUCAGAAGCAUGAGCAGACGUCAGAAACCAGAAAAAGUGGCAAAAUUAUUCAUUACUAAGGAUGAAGAUCCCCCAGGACUGGCCAGGCACUUUAUUAGUGAGAAAAUAGGUUAUGGAGUGUUUGCAGAGAAGAAAGUUAUGAGAUCGGAUUUUCUGUUGGAGUACCAUGGUGAGAUAAUAACUGAGGAAGAAGCAACUACAAGAGAAAAACUAUACAUAGAACAAAACAAAGGAAGUUUCUUGUACUUUUUUAGAUUUGGGAAACAAGAUCUAUGCGUUGAUGCUACUCACGAUGACGGUCGUCUUUGUCGGCUUGUUAAUGAUGGUGUUGGGACAGAUAUAAACUGCAGCAUGAAAGUGUUGAAUGUGACUGGACAGCCAAAGCUAUGCUUGUUUGCAUGUUGUGAUAUACCAAUAGGACAAGAGUUAAGAUAUGAUUACAAUGACCCUAAUCUUCCAUGGAGGUCCAUGAAGAAAAAGUGGAAAAAAAACUACAUUUCUAUGAUGUUCAUAGAUAUGUUUCAUUAA